GACGUUGUCCAUGUCGUCAUGCGCGCGGUAGAGAACUGCAAGCCGCUGAUGAAGAUCCAACAGAACAAGGCUGGCAACAAGGUCCUGUUGGUUCCCAAGCCUCUGGACCCGGCGCAGUCCACCAACUUUGCAAUCAAAUGGAUAGUCCAGGCGGCACAAAAGCGCCGCGACAAUGGCCGCGGCCGGGUGCCCAUGGCAGACUGCCUGGCGGCCGAGCUGCUCCUGGCGUACCAGCGCAAGGGCUCCGCGCGGACUCGGCGUGACGAGAUUCACAAACUGGCACUUGACAACCGGGCCAACGUGCGUGCAAGGUGGUGGUGA